AAGUAAAUAAUUAUAGAAUGACCGUAUUAUUGUCUAUAUUUUAAACAAUAAAUAUGUGGGAACCUUCGAAUAUUACCGAGAAGAAACUAAAUUCAGAGACUCACAAAAUUAUAGCGGAAAAUCAGUUACGUAAAUACAAGGCUUUUUUGGAUAAAUACGUUGAGGACACUAGUAGUUAUGAGAAAAAAUUAAGCAACACUAAUAAUGUUACAUAUAAGCCAAUUAUUUUGACUGUCGAGGCAACCGAAUGCAUUCCAAUUCUGCAUCUAGUGCACUCAGACAACAAGAUACUGAGUAAAAUUCUUGGAAGUUUGGCUGCUAUAUGCGAAGAAAUUAAUUUAUUAGCCAAGGAAAGUGAGAGUUUGUAUAAUGAUUUUGUUUUAUAUGGAAAUGAAGAGGGUGGUAGUAAUAUUGAAAACAUUGAAUCAGUGAGUAAAGUCAUAGAUUCUUUGCAAAAAGCCCUCAGUUUUGUGGAAAGAUGUCAACAAGUGGCAAUUUUGUUGCUGAAGCAAUUAAGCUGCAUUCUUGGUAAAGGGUAUUAUACAACAACCUCAACAUGCAAUUUUACAGAAAUGCUUAAUCACUUUUCAAAACUCUUGGUUUGUUUAGUUACUUUAGAAGCUUUAUUUGAAAAUCAAGCUUUACAAGAGCACUUAAUACUCUAUAGAAAAUGUGUUAGAAAUAUGUUACACAAUUCCAAAUACAACAUAUCUAAAGAGAAUAUCAAGUUAUUUGAAAAAGUUAUUGUAAGGAUACAAAAUGAGUUAAUGUCUAGUAGGAUUUUUAAGGAUACUCUUGAAUGCUUCCUAGAAGAUAAACUAAUAGGUGUGUUAAAAAAUUGUAGUCUGAAUGCAGAGUUUAUUGCUUAUAUAAACUGUAUUCUUUAUGAUUUUGAAAGAGACGAAGAUAAUAUUAGUAAUAAUCAAAUGUGGAUGCAACUGAAUGUAAUAACUGUGUUCUCAAUGUAUAUUUUUGGCAAUGUUGACAAAAAAAUUAUUAGGAGAAUAUUUGAGAUUAACAAAAAGAUUUCUGCCUGUAAUUUGGUGGGAAAUAUAAUGUGGUAUCCAGAAGCUUUUUUCUUAAAGCAUGUCCAAACUGUUAAUAAAUUUAUAGACGAAAAAAGUAUUGACAUACAUAGAAUUCAGCAUAUAACUAACAAAUAUCAAGCUCUGUCUAAGGAUUCUCAGUUAAUUUUAGCUCAGGCAUGCUGUCUGAUGAUUGAUAUAGAAAGAGUAACGAAAAAAAGAUAUUUACAGCCAAGUAACUUACAGGAAAUAUGUAAUCUUUUCCUGGAUACUCUGAAAUUUACUCACAAGUUAAAUGCACAAAUUCGUUUAUUAAUUAAUAUACAUACAGAAAAACCUAUUACCAUGACAAAAUCAGUGCUUUCCUCCUUGUGUAAAUUUAUUGAGCUACUUAAAGGAAUUGAGCUUUUGUUUGUGAGAAAUUAUAGUGCCCUUUCUAAUUUAUUAAUAAUGCUGACUCAACAAUUAUCCUACAAAGCAUUAACCAUUUUGCAAAACAUUAGAAAAAAUUGUACCCAAGAGAAAUCUUAUAAAGAACAUCAACUUGAUGUCUUGUCAUCAUUGAAUGUGUGUGAACAUUCGCUUAAAGGUCCCAACACCUCUCAAAGAUUUAUCAUAGCGAAUUUGGCCUUGUCAGCGAGUGGUUUACCUACUGAUACUUUAUUUAGUUUAAGACUGGCAAUACAUCAGUUAGAAGUAAUAUCAUAUUUUGAAAAAUUUCUCAAUAAUUACUGUGAUGCGUCGUUUAUAUAUUGGCAUCAGCUUUAUUUGCUACCUGUUUAUUAUUCUAAACUUAUGUCCACUAAAUGUAAUAUCGCCAGAUGCUAUUUAAUACUAAGUGCUUUAACUGAUUGCUCAUCACUAUGCGACAAGGAGAAGUUAAGGGAGAAAAAUGAUUCUGAAUUAAAAUUAAAUGUAACAACGCCGCUUAAUCAAAUCGUCGAAACGAAUCUUAGAUUGCAGACACACCAGCAUCUCGAACUACCACCGUUUGAUCCCAUUCAAAAUUACUUCCCAUUAAACUUUUAUAAAUUCCUUCCAUCCGCAAUUAACCAUCAAUACAAGAACAUUAAAUGCGAAACUGAACAUUAUUUGAGCGGGAUGUUUUACAACCUCACCACUGUUGUCCUCCAUAACUGGAAAACUUAUGGUGAAAUGCGAAGGUUGGCUCUGCUACAAUAUGGCUUGGAGACGGUUGAUGACAAUUUACCCAUGCAAACUCUGGAACAAGGCUUGGAUGUUCUGGAGAUAAUGAGAAAUAUUAACGUUUUUGUCAGCAAAUAUCUCUAUAACCUUAACACGCAGGUGUUUAUUGAAGAAUCCAGCAAUAACAAACAUCUAAACACUAUAAACAUAUCCCACGUCGCAAAUUCGAUUAGGACUCACGGACUUGGCAUUAUGAACACGACUGUUAAUUUCACUUAUCAGUAUUUAAGAACACAGUUUUAUAUAUUUUCUCAGUUUAUGUUUGAUGAACACAUAAAAUCCAGGUUGCUCAAGGAUUUGCGGUUUUUUGCAGAACAUAAAAAUGAAUUCAAUCAAAUGUAUCCAUAUGAAAGGGCUGAAAAGUUUCACUUCGGUAUACGAAAAUUGGGAUUAAAUCAAAAUGGGCAGAGUUAUUUGGAUCUUUUUAGAAAAGUUAUCACUCACAUAGGUAAUGCCAUGGGUUACGUCAGAUUGAUCAGGUCGGGCGGUAGAAGAUGUCUAGCUGAUGGCACUUGUUUCAUACCAGACUUAAAAGGCAUAGAUGAGCUAAAGACCUUAUUAGAUGAUAAUAAUUUGCCAGAAUUGUCAAAAGUCGCCGCAGAUGGUGUCAAAAAUGACUUGGACAACUUUGUGGAGAGUUUUGAGGAAGCAACUGAGUACUUUAAGCUUUUGGUAAAAGUUUUUGUACCUAGUGUCCGAAACAAGAAUAAUGUCCAUUUAAAGAACUUUUAUAUCAUUGUUCCACCUUUGACAAUAAAUUUUAUAGAACAUUCUUUAAGCAACAAGGACAGACUGAACAAGAAAAAUAAAACUGAAUGUGCCUUUACUGAUGAUGGCUUUGCUCUUGGUUUGGCCUAUAUUAUUGAACUAUUGGAUCAAGAGAGUCAACUCAGUUCUUUACAUUGGUUCCAUUCAAUACAGAGAAAGUUUAAGAAUGAUAGACUGAAACUAGAUAAACAAAGGGCUUCUUCUGUUAACGACAAUACCAAAUUAAAAGAAACUCUCAGUUUAACGGAAAAACGUAUCAGCACCUUUGAAAAGGAAUUCCAACUGCUUUAUUACAGCUUUAAUAGUGCCAGAUUAUUUUUCCAAUCAUAAAGUUUGUGAUAUAUACAAAUAAAUAUUGUUAAAUGUAAUGCUUUAAAAUUAUAAGAGGCAAAAUGAAACAUAUAAUGUUCAAGUUGUCUAAGAUGUCUAACAUCAAAGUGUCUUUAUAUUCAGAACUAUUUGAAAAUGUAUAUUCAAUAACUAUUAGCCAUAAAUUAAAAUAAACGUAAGUGUGGUAUCAGAUGUUAAAUAUGUUAUAUAUUAAUAUUUAAUUUUUGAUGCCUAACAUUUAAGAUAUUUUUUAUAUGAACAAAUGUUUUACAUAAUACAACUGACACUGACUGUUGUGUUCAAGUUUUUGUCUUAACUAUAUCAAAAAGUAUUAUUGUUAUGUUUAUUCCAAAAAUUAUUUUAUUUUAAUAAAUCGUUUUAUAUUUUA